UUAUAUCACGUGAUAGGGGCGGCGCGGCCCGGGGUGUCAGUGUGGAGGAGACUGAGUAUUCUACCUUGUAAAUACUGUUAUUUGUAUAUACUGUAAAUGAUGACAUCGGUGGGCACUAACCGAGCCCGGGGAAACUGGGAACAACCUCAAAACCAAAAUCAGACACAGCACAAGCAGCGGCCACAGGCCACUGCAGAACAAAUUCGACUUGCACAGAUGAUUUCGGACCAUAAUGAUGCUGACUUUGAGGAAAAGGUGAAACAAUUGAUUGAUAUUACAGGAAAGAACCAGGAUGAAUGUGUCAUUGCUUUGCAUGACUGCAAUGGAGAUGUCAACAGAGCCAUCAAUGUACUGCUGGAAGGAAACCCAGAUACGCAUUCCUGGGAAAUGGUUGGGAAGAAGAAGGGAGUCUCAGGACAGAAGGAUGGUGGCCAGACGGAAUCCAACGAGGAAGGCAAAGAAAAUCGAGACCGGGACAGAGACUAUAGCCGGCGACGUGGUGGUCCACCAAGACGGGGGAGAGGUGCCAGCCGUGGACGAGAGUGUAUGCAUGGGGCUUUAACAAAACCAACUGUGGUUCGGGGUCAGGAAAAUGGAUUAGAUGGCACCAAGAGUGGAGGGCCUUCUGGAAGAGGCACAGAAAGAGGGAGAAGAGGUCGAGGCCGAGGCAGAGGUGGCUCUGGUAGGCGGGGAGGAAGGUUUUCAGCUCAAGGAAUGGGAACUUUUAACCCAGCUGAUUAUGCAGAGCCAGCCAAUACUGAUGAUAACUAUGGCAAUAGUAGUGGCAAUACGUGGAACAACACUGGCCACUUCGAACCAGAUGAUGGGACGAGACUUGAUUUCAUUGGGGUUGAGGGGUCAAAUUAUCCCCGAAAAUUUGAGACUGCUCCUGGUGCAUGGAGGACUGCAACAGAGGAGUGGGGAACUGAAGAUUGGAAUGAAGAUCUUUCUGAGACCAAGAUCUUCACUGCCUCUAAUGUGUCUUCAGUGCCUCUGCCUGCAGAGAAUGUGACAAUCACUGCUGGUCAGAGAAUUGACCUUGCUGUUCUGUUGGGGAAGACACCAUCUUCAAUUGAGAAUGAUUCCUCUAAUAUGGAUCCAUCUCAGGCUCCUUCUCUUGCCCAGCCUCUGGUGUUCAGUAACUCGAAGCAGAGUACUAUGUCACAGCCUGCUUCAGGGAACACAUUUUCUCAUCAUAAUAUGGUGAGCAUGUUAGGGAAAGGAUUUGGUGAUGUUGGUGAAGCUAAAGGCAGCAGCACCACUGGCUCCCAGUUCUUGGAGCAAUUCAAGACUGCUCAGGCCCUGGCUCAGUUGGCAGCUCAGCAUUCUCAGUCUGGAACCGCCACCACCUCCUCUUGGGACAUGGGCUCCAACACGCAGUCCCCGUCGUUGGUGCAGUAUGAUUUGAAGAACUCAAAUGAUUCAGCAGUGCACAGUCCUUUUACAAAACGCCAGGCUUUCACCCCAUCUUCAACCAUGAUGGAAGUGUUCCUUCAGGAGAAGCCAUCUUCAGUGGCUACUUCCACAGCUGCACCUCCACCCCCAUCUUCUCCUCUGCCAAGCAAAUCCACCUCGGCUCCACAAAUGUCUCCUGGGUCUUCAGACAACCAAUCCUCCAGCCCUCAGCCGGCUCAGCAAAAACUGAAACAGCAGAAGAAGAAAGCCUCCUUGACUUCUAAGAUUCCUGCUCUGGCUGUGGAGAUGCCUGGCUCAGCAGAUAUCUCAGGGCUAAACCUGCAGUUUGGGGCAUUGCAGUUUGGGUCAGAGCCUGUCCUUUCUGAUUAUGAGUCCACCCCCACCACGAGCGCCUCUUCAAGCCAGGCUCCAAGUAGCCUCUAUACCAGCACGGCCAGUGAAUCUUCAUCCACAAUUUCAUCUAACCAGAGUCAGGAAUCCGGUUAUCAGAGUGGCCCAAUUCAGUCGACAACCUAUACCUCCCAAAAUAAUGCUCAGGGCCCUCUAUAUGAACAGAGAUCCACACAGACUCGGCGGUACCCCAGCUCCAUCUCUUCAUCACCCCAAAAGGACCUGACUCAGGCAAAGAAUGGCUUCAGUUCUGUGCAGGCCACGCAGUUACAGACCACACAAUCUGUUGAAGGUGCUACAGGCUCUGCAGUGAAAUCUGACUCACCUUCCACUUCUAGCAUCCCCCCUCUCAGUGAAACGGUAUCUGCAGCUUCCUUACUGACGACAACCAAUCAGCACUCAUCCUCUUUGGGUGGCUUGAGCCACAAUGAGGAGAUUCCAAAUACUACCACCACACAACAUAGCAGCACGUUAUCUACUCAGCAGAAUACCCUUUCAUCAUCAACAUCUUCUGGGCGCACGUCGACAUCCACUCUUCUGCACACAAGCGUGGAGAGUGAGGCGAAUCUCCAUUCUUCCUCCAGCACUUUCUCAACCACAUCCAGCACAGUCUCUGCACCUCCCCCAGUGGUCAGUGUCUCCUCCAGUCUGAAUAGUGGCAGUAACCUGGGCCUCAGCCUAGGCAGUAACUCCACUGUCACAGCCUCUACUCGAAGCUCAGUUGCUACGACUUCAGGAAAAGCUCCUCCCAACCUCCCUCCUGGGGUCCCGCCAUUGUUGCCUAAUCCAUAUAUUAUGGCUCCAGGGCUGUUACAUGCCUACCCGCCGCAAGUAUAUGGUUAUGAUGACUUACAGAUGCUUCAGACAAGAUUUCCAUUGGAUUACUACAGCAUCCCAUUUCCCACACCUACCACUCCGCUGACUGGGAGGGAUGGUAGCCUGGCCAGCAACCCCUAUUCUGGUGACCUCACAAAGUUUGGCCGUGGGGAUGCCUCCUCCCCAGCCCCGGCCACAACCUUGGCCCAGCCCCAACAGAACCAGACGCAGACUCACCACACCACGCAGCAGACAUUCCUGAACCCGGCGCUGCCUCCUGGCUACAGUUACACCAGCCUGCCAUACUACACAGGGGUUCCGGGCCUCCCUAGCACCUUCCAGUAUGGGCCUGCUGUGUUCCCUGUGGCUCCUACCUCUUCCAAGCAGCAUGGUGUGAAUGUCAGUGUGAAUGCAUCGGCUACCCCUUUCCAACAGCCGAGUGGAUAUGGGUCUCAUGGAUACAACACUGGAAGAAAAUAUCCACCCCCUUACAAGCAUUUCUGGACGGCAGAGAGCUAAUUUGGCCCAAGGCUGGGGGCUGUGUUUUGUGUGUGUGUAUAAAUUUGCACUGAAGUCUUGUUUCAGAAACCAGACCACUGAGGAGAGCCUGCUGAGCUGAGGCCAUGCCCUGCGUGGCCUGGGGAAAUGAGUUGGUGGAUACCUUCUGGGCUUUUGAACUUGCCCUCUUCCCAGUUCCCUCUCCCCCAUGUGUCUGACCCUGUCUUACCCAUUUCGAGUUCAAGCGGUGCAGCACCUCCGAAGCAUCAAUGCACACACCUGCUGUUGCUUUUGAUUUCUGGAAGGCAUGUAGUUUCAACUUGUAACAAAAAUAUUUGUAGUCUUCAAUAAACUGUGGUAUUUCUUUAGCUAACUCUGGCGUUCUUUCCGUGCAUGUCUUUCUGGAUACUAGGAGCCAAUCUUGUGCUAAGGGUGGAGGGUGGUCUUUUCAAUCAAACCCCCAGCAUAGCCAAAGAACUUUUUUUAACUUCUUGGUAUGGUAAUUUUAUUAAAGUGGGGAGGGAAAACAGCCUCAGUUUCCAGCCUGUUGAUUAGUUGGUAAAGAAAGCUAUUUCAGAAAAUCCGUGAUUGGCCAUGCUUAUUAUAGCUCUUUACUCUUCCAUUUAGCUCUUCCCUUGCCUCUGACAUAAAGCAGAGGAUAAAAGACCAAAAAAGUGUAUAGCGUGUCAUGUCAUGUUGAAAGGCCAAAGAGACGGUGUUCAGAGCUUUUGUUAGGGAAGUAUCUUCACAGGUUUAGUCCCCACAUCUGGUUCCCCAUAGCUAAGUGGCUAAUUGGGAUCUGAUAAAGUCUUUAGUGAAUAGCUAGUUGAUGAGCCAGCCUGAGGAAACUGCUAUCCUGGAACAUUGUCCUUAAUCCUUCCGUGACUUUUCAGGAAUUGUGCAUUAUUAGCCGUUUUGGACUUGUGGGUGUAGCUAAGGAUGUGUGGGAGAGGUUUGGUUAGAUGGUUCCUUGACUGGAAAUUCUUAAUCCCCACUCAGUACAACUAGUACACUGGCAGCCAUUUUUCUACAAAGUUUACUUGCACAGUGAGAACCUGGACUUUGGUCAGUUGGAAACUCCAGGUAUUCCACUUUCCUUGUAUUUGAUCACAGCCCUCUGGAGUAAUUUUGUCCUGUUAGUAUGAUGAGCCUUCCCAGGGGGCUGCCAUGCUGAGAGAGAUUGGUUCUUGUUUUUCCACCCUAUGCUCCAUGUUGAAUCAGUGUGUGAUCAUCACUCCUUGAAAGCUGGGUAUAGGUAGGGGUUUGACAGUUGGAAGGGAAGCAAAAAGAGGAGCUUUAUAGUAACUGGUGUAGGGUAGGUAGGGAAACCUAUACACAUUAUUUUCUAAGGUUGGUAGUGUUUACACUGAGGCUAUUACAGCUACUACAUGUAUUCUCUUUCAAUCCUGCAUUUCAGUCAAUAUGCAGCCAAUAUGCAAGUUAAUGCCUCUGGAUUCCAAGCUGGCUUUUAGUUAGCCCAGCCUCUGGAAAGAAUGAGACCAAGUAGGGGGCGCAUUGGAACUAAAUUCCCCCCUACCACCCAGCUUGAGAAUCCAGUUAGCAAUUUCUCCCAUCCUGUGAGGGAUGGUGACUAAGGAGAUAUCAGGAAGCUGUUUGAGCCUUUGCAGUCAAUAUCAAUCAUUGUUUCUUGAUCACCCUCCAAAAAUUUACAUUAUCAUGUCUGUUCCAUUUCACAUUACUCUUAAACCUUCCAGACAAACCUCAGCCUAGCCUUUUUCAUAAGUGAACUCCCUGUUUUUUGGGGGUUUUUUUUUUGUUGUUUUUUUACGUUAAGCCUAGUAGCAUCCAUUUGCCAGGUGGACACCUGGGGUUUGAAAAGAGAAGGGUUUGAAAUACCUGGUUAAUUCCUGUAAUUUCCCUUCUUUUGCUUCAGUACCUGUAACAUGGAGAGCGGUGAUACUUUUGGGAAAAUGUUUUCUCAUCCUCAGUUUCUGUAGUUCUGUACUUUUUCCUUGUUGGUGUUUGCUCCUCCCUGGACUAUCUAGACUUGUGAUAUGGGAAGGAUUUCUAGGUUAAGAUGCCACUUCUGUUGGGAAGAUUCUAAAGUAGCUCUCCAAGUUGAGCUUAACUUUUGAAGGCUGCCUUUGUCCUCGGCUUUGGGAGUAUUUGGGUUCUGGAGUUUGAAAGGGGAUUACUGUUGAAUUGUGGGUACAUGGAAAAUUCUUCAUUUGUGAUUUGUUCAUUUUAGUGUUUCUAAAAAACUUCCAUCAGUGUGUUCCUAACAGGAGAGAAGAAGAAUCCGCCCAUAUAGGCUGAAAUGCAAAGUUCUUUGAAGUUUGAUUUUAUCUUCAUGAAAGCUAAUACAUCUUUUAAAAGCAUACUUGAAAUUCCUAACUAAAUUUUAGUCACUUCUCAAAUCCUUGCACAAAAUUUCUCUAGUAUGAUGCUGGAUCAGUUUACCUAAUGGCUUUUUCCUUUCUCCUUGACCCACUACCACUUAUUCCAGAAGGUAGAGUGUUUCAGCUCAAGGAGUACAAAUAAAAUGAGAGAUUGUAUUCCUCUUGUUUCUUUAAAGUUGUAGUAGGGAGUUUUUCAAUAGGAACACGCAAGUUUUUGGCGUGGGGAUUAGAUAUUUUGAUGGAGAAGCUGAAGUUGACAUCUGGUUGAAUGACAGCAUUCUACCUUUACCUAUUUUUGUGUUCUACUGAUUAGAUAGAUAGAUAGAGAUAGAUGGAUAGAGUAUAUAUUAGAUAUGUAAUGUAUAUUAUACAUAGCUCUUCAUAAUUAUGUAUAAUACAUAAAAUAAAUAACCAAGACGCUCCAAGACUCUGGAGAAGCUGGACUGAGUGGGCUGAGAGUGAGAAUGGAAGUGUGCUUCCAUUCUCGUACUUAACCUUAUGCUGUGGAGGCAUGGAUUUUGCAUCCAAAUGUUUCUCUUCGUGAACAGAAAGAACCAGACUACCCAUCUUCAGACGCAAGACUGAGUGGAGUUUGGGUGAAUUAAUUUGAAAUGAACAUUAAAAAAUUAAUAUUCUUGUUGGGUUUUGGUGUAGAAGUGUUUUGAAAACUAUGUUAGUGAUGUUUGGCUCCAUCCCUUAUCCCCUGCAGCUUCCUCCCCCCUCCAAAAAAAAAAUGUCAUUUUCUCACACAUAACUCACACAUAACUCUUGAAAGGACAAGAGAACCCUAGGGAGCCUUUGCGUCAUGAGCUCUUAUCCCUCAGGACUGACCUAAAGCUGGAAAAACGAGCCAAAAUUCCCUUGCAGUGCUAGAGCUAGAAAGGCUGCACACAUCAUCCCCACCUAGGGAUACGGGCCAGGCAGCUAGCUGAGCUAAUCCUCCUGUCUGUUUCC